AUGAAACAUUUUACUAGGUUGCUAACCUUCCUCAACUUUGUUCUAUUCGCAUGCUCACUUUCAAAUCAUGAGAACAACCAAGCUCUCAGUUUGUCAGAAUUGAUUGACCAUGAAGCCAUUUUAGAGGGAAAUACAGCACUGGUUGGUGAUAAUCCAAAAUCGAAACUUCAUUCAGAAAAAAAGCUCUUGUCAAUACCCUUGAAUAUAAAUCAAAAUGAGAGCAUAUAUACCUCUGUUCCUUCCACAAAAAAUCAAACAUAUUUUAUUUCGGAUCAUUUAGCAACUAAUGUAAAGAAUGUAGAUAAGAAAGACAUAACUAUAAAAUCAAAUGAUAUCUCUAUAAUUACUAUUAGAACUCAAAAUUUAAAUAUACUCGCUGAAACCACUUCGACUGAACUGACUUGGGUCACUGGCCAUAAUGGGAUAGAGUCCAAAUUAUUUAUCUAUUAUAUUGAGUACCCUGUAGAUCACUUUUCAUUUACUUUUAUUAGGCCAAUGACUGUAAACAAUCUGGAAAAAAGACUUGUUGAAAAUGAAGAUAUAUCAUCCUCGAGUAUAGUAAAACCAAUAGUUACAGAAUCUACAAAAACAAUAGUAAAUACAAUAACAAAGAGUGAUAAUGCCCUAGUAGUCGAAACAACAUAUAUUGUCUAUUCAAGAUCACCUUAUACUAGUACCAAUAGCAAAAAAACAUAUUGGACUGGUUCCUACACUACAACAACAAAAACAGAAAUAACCACAUAUAUAGGAACAAAUGGUGGUGUCACAACAGAAACAAUUUAUUUCAUAGCUACGCCAACUACUGCCUUCGAAACCACGUCUUACACCUACUGGACUGGUUCUACAGCCAACACCUUGUCGACUGUUACCACCACCUUCACUGGUACCGAUGGUAUCGAGACCACGGAGACAAUCUACAUUGUCGAAACGCCAACUACUGCUUUCGAAACCACGUCUUACACCUACUGGACUGGUUCUACAGCCAACACCUUGUCGACUGUUACCACCACCUUCACUGGUACCGAUGGUAUCGAGACCACGGAGACAAUCUACAUUGUCGAAACGCCAACUACUGCUUUCGAAACCACGUCUUACACCUACUGGACUGGUUCUACAGCCAACACCUUGUCGACUGUUACCACCACCUUCACUGGUACCGAUGGUAUCGAGACCACCGAGACAAUCUACAUUGUCGAAACACCAACUACUGCUUUCGAAACCACGUCUUUCACCUACUGGACUGGUUCUACAGCCAACACCUUGUCGACUGUUACCACCACCUUCACUGGUACCGAUGGUAUCGAGACCACGGAGACAAUCUACAUUGUCGAAACACCAACUACUGCUUUCGAAACCACGUCUUACACCUACUGGACUGGUUCUACAGCCAACACCUUGUCGACUGUUACCACCACCUUCACUGGUACCGAUGGUAUCGAGACCACCGAGACAAUCUACAUUGUCGAAACACCAACUACUGCCUUCGAAACCACGUCUUACACCUACUGGACUGGUUCUACAGCCAACACCUUGUCGACUGUUACCACCACCUUCACUGGUACCGAUGGUAUCGAGACCACCGAGACAAUCUACAUUGUCGAAACACCAACUACUGCCUUCGAAACCACGUCUUACACCUACUGGACUGGUUCUACAGCCAACACCUUGUCGACUGUUACCACCACCUUCACUGGUACCGAUGGUAUCGAGACCACCGAGACAAUCUACAUUGUCGAAACACCAACUACUGCUUUCGAAACCACGUCUUACACCUACUGGACUGGUUCUACAGCCAACACCUUGUCGACUGUUACCACCACCUUCACUGGUACCGAUGGUAUCGAGACCACGGAGACAAUCUACAUUGUCGAAACACCAACUACUGCCUUCGAAACCACGUCUUACACCUACUGGACUGGUUCUACAGCCAACACCUUGUCGACUGUUACCACCACCUUCACUGGUACCGAUGGUAUCGAGACCACCGAGACAAUCUACAUUGUCGAAACGCCAACUACUGCUUUCGAAACCACGUCUUACACCUACUGGACUGGUUCUACAGCCAACACCUUGUCGACUGUUACCACCACCUUCACUGGUACCGAUGGUAUCGAGACCACGGAGACAAUCUACAUUGUCGAAACGCCAACUACUGCUUUCGAAACCACGUCUUACACCUACUGGACUGGUUCUACAGCCAACACCUUGUCGACUGUUACCACCACCUUCACUGGUACCGAUGGUAUCGAGACCACGGAGACAAUCUACAUUGUCGAAACACCAACUACUGCCUUCGAAACCACGUCUUUCACCUACUGGACUGGUUCUACAGCCAACACCUUGUCGACUGUUACCACCACCUUCACUGGUACCGAUGGUAUCGAGACCACGGAGACAAUCUACAUUGUCGAAACGCCAACUACUGCUUUCGAAACCACGUCUUACACCUACUGGACUGGUUCUACAGCCAACACCUUGUCGACUGUUACCACCACCUUCACUGGUACCGAUGGUAUCGAGACCACCGAGACAAUCUACAUUGUCGAAACACCAACUACUGCUUUCGAAACCACGUCUUUCACCUACUGGACUGGUUCUACAGCCAACACCUUGUCGACUGUUACCACCACCUUCACUGGUACCGAUGGUAUCGAGACCACCGAGACAAUCUACAUUGUCGAAACACCAACUACUGCUUUCGAAACCACGUCUUACACCUACUGGACUGGUUCUACAGCCAACACCUUGUCGACUGUUACCACCACCUUCACUGGUACCGAUGGUAUCGAGACCACGGAGACAAUCUACAUUGUCGAAACACCAACUACUGCCUUCGAAACCACGUCUUACACCUACUGGACUGGUUCUACAGCCAACACCUUGUCGACUGUUACCACCACCUUCACUGGUACCGAUGGUAUCGAGACCACCGAGACAAUCUACAUUGUCGAAACGCCAACUACUGCUUUCGAAACCACGUCUUACACCUACUGGACUGGUUCUACAGCCAACACCUUGUCGACUGUUACCACCACCUUCACUGGUACCGAUGGUAUCGAGACCACGGAGACAAUCUACAUUGUCGAAACGCCAACUACUGCUUUCGAAACCACGUCUUACACCUACUGGACUGGUUCUACAGCCAACACCUUGUCGACUGUUACCACCACCUUCACUGGUACCGAUGGUAUCGAGACCACGGAGACAAUCUACAUUGUCGAAACACCAACUACUGCCUUCGAAACCACGUCUUUCACCUACUGGACUGGUUCUACAGCCAACACCUUGUCGACUGUUACCACCACCUUCACUGGUACCGAUGGUAUCGAGACCACGGAGACAAUCUACAUUGUCGAAACGCCAACUACUGCUUUCGAAACCACGUCUUACACCUACUGGACUGGUUCUACAGCCAACACCUUGUCGACUGUUACCACCACCUUCACUGGUACCGAUGGUAUCGAGACCACCGAGACAAUCUACAUUGUCGAAACACCAACUACUGCUUUCGAAACCACGUCUUUCACCUACUGGACUGGUUCUACAGCCAACACCUUGUCGACUGUUACCACCACCUUCACUGGUACCGAUGGUAUCGAGACCACCGAGACAAUCUACAUUGUC